AUGACCAUCCCUGAGCUUGUUCUGCAGAUGCACUUGAUGUUUGCGGAUAACAUCAUUGGACCGAACUCUGAUAAUGCUCUUUAUGACCAAGCAAUGGAAGUGGCGCCGGGAGCGCCUAUUGGUAUUAUGCAUGACUGGUAUCCCACGAACAAGUCCCAGUAUAACGACCUUCAAAAACUGAACACAGAGAAAUCCCGCCUUUACGUGCCUUUCAUGCAGACUGGGGAAUGUUUGCACGGAGUUGGAUCAUUCAAGCAGUCAAUGUUUCCCCAGGCAAUCGCCAUGGCAGCAUCCUUCGAUACAAACUUGGUACACCGGGUCGGCCGGGCGAUUGCUACCGAGGCACGAUCCAUUGGCGUCCAUGCUUGUUUUGCUCCUGUACUCGAUCUUGCAAAGGAGCCACGCUGGGGACGAGUCCAAGAGGAUUGGGGCGAGGAUAUGGUUCUCACGUCCCAUAUGGGUGUGGCAUUUGCAUCUGGCUUAUCAAAAAACAGCACUUGGGGUGAUCCCGAUGCUGUCAUUCCCAUCAUGAAGCACUUCGCCGCACACGGCAGCCCUCAAGCCGGCCAUAAUGCUGCCCCCUUCAUGGGUUAUGGAACACGAGAAGUCCUCCAGGAAAUGCUUAUGCCCUUCAAAGCCGCUGUGGAUCUGGGUGGAGUCAGAGGUGUUAUGAUGGCCUAUAGCGAGUUCGACGAUGUUCCUUCUUCGGUCAACCCUCUCCUAUACCAGGCACUUGAGGACUGGGGAUAUGACGGUAUCAUCACAGCAGACGAUGCAGGACUUGAAAUGCUCCUAUCGACUCAUCUUGUUACUAGUUCCGUGGCGGACACCAUAGCACAAUGGCACAAUGCCGGGGGUAUCAUCCAGUACUAUGAUUUCCCUCUAAGUGAAUAUGUUGAUGAUACGGUCGCAUUAGUUUCCAAUGGAACCCUCACCCUCUCGCAGCUCCAAGCGCUCGCAAAGCGCGUGUUGAGUGUCAAGUACGAUUUGAACCUUUUCGAAAAUCCCUACAUCGCGGAGGACAUUGACAUCCAAGCAAUCACUAAAUCGCAUGUGCCCCUGACGUUAGAGGCAGCACAGAAGGCAAUUGUGUUGCUUGAGAACAACAAUUCAACCUUACCGUUGCAACCCGACAAACAAGGAAUCAAAAAUAUUGCAUUGAUUGGGCCUUUCGCGGAUACAUUGAAUUAUGGAGAUUAUUCUGGCCAGUUUGGUGGAUAUCCCGUCAGGAAUGCUAGCACAAUCCGCGAAGGUCUUACGAAGCACCUUGAAAGCAAUUUUCCAGACACAAACCUACUUACAAGUUGGGGUGCCAACUCCUGGAAUUAUAACGGGCAAUACAAUAUACCUCCAUAUCUACUCUCGGUGAAUGGCACCGCUGGUGGUCUUCAGGCUACAUACUAUGCAACAACCAAUUUCACAGACCCGACCGUGCAGAGGAUUGAAACUCCCAGCCUCGAUUGGGGCCUCUAUCCGCCGAAUGGACUCCCAUCUAACAAUUUCAGUGCUAUCUGGGAGGGUGAUUUGGAGGUUCCAGUAGAGACAGAUACUAAUGGCUGGAUUGGCGUCGCCGUUUACGCCAAUACCUCUGCGAAGCUAUACAUCGAUGGGAAGCUCCAUGUUGAUGUUCCGGCUACAACGAUUGGAACUAUUCUCUCUGAUAUUCCAGGUCUUUCAUUCACCGAGGUCAAUUCAACUCUGCCGCCUGAAGGCUCAUCGUCGUUUCAAUUUGGAAAGAAUGCAACUCAUCGAAUUAGACUGGAGUACCAGGCAUGGAAUUAUGUUCAGAAAUUCGAGAACGUCAAUUCGCUUAAUGCCCAGGUCUUGCUGUUCUGGAAUUUAGUUGACCCUGUCCAUUCAGUGGAUCAAGCUGUCGGAGUGGCUCAGAAAUCUGAUGUGGUAAUUUUAGCCCUUGGUGCCAACUGGAAUAGUGACGGCGAAUCUGGAGACAGAGCAACUUUGGGAUUCUCUCCUAACCAAACGAUACUGGCGGACGCAAUAUACUCACUCGGCAAACCCGUUGUGCUUGUUCUGCAAGGGGGUCGUCCUUUCGCCGUACCAGAGUACUAUAACAAAUCUGUUGCAGUUCUGAACACAUUCUUCCCAGGCCAAUCCGGUGGACAGGCUAUAUCCGACGCAAUCUUCGGGGUAAUUAAUCCCGGUGGAAGAGUGCCUAUCAGUGUCCCAUUCAACGCUGGUGCAUUACCUUCAUUUUACAACUAUAAGCCUUCAUUCCCUAGAGAUUAUACGGAUACCCAAUACUUGCCCCUUUACCCAUUUGGCUACGGCUUAUCGUACACAAAUUUCACAACAAGCAAUUUCUCUGCCGCUAUCAAAGAUUCGAAUCGCAUAUUAAGUGAUGGGGAGUUUGAUGCUGGGUCGAACAUCACAUUCUCCCUCACUUUAACCAACUCCGGAAACGUUGCAGGGAGCUACGUGCCUCAGGUUUACCAACUCGGUCGUAUAUCAUCGAUCACCCGUCCAGUGAAACAGCUCGUCGCUUUCAAAAGAGUCUAUCUCGCCCCCGGAGAGUCCCAGAUAGUCACCAUGGAUGUCGAUGUGAGUCGAUAUCUGGUGAUUCUGGAUCGAAGCUAUACGUGGACCGUCGAGCUGGGCGAAUACACAUUUGCACUGCUGGAGAAUGGUGGAAGUAGUGCAGAUACUUCGGUGAAUAUCACCUUGAAUUGCGUGGAGUAG